UUGUGUUCACGAGAAACCGUGAACAUUGUAAUGAAUGCCGGCUAGAAUGCCGCAUUUCAUUAAUUGUUUUUCUUAAUGGUUUUUUCUAUCUCAAAAUACAUAAUCUUAUGCACCUGUGAAGGAUUUCAGUGACUUGCAAUUCUUUUUUGUGAAUUCGUAAAGGCACUUGAGCUAAGUGAAACGGCGCAGUUUCUCAUAAAUUGACAACAAUCACUGCCUUGCUGCGGUUCGAUCCGAUAAAUCAUCGUUUUGGGGAAAUAAAAAAUUGGGAGUGAUACGUCCGAGUAGGGAAAUGUCUGUUCAACCCAAGGUUUACUGGUCGCAGACCAAAAAUGAUGUUUUUGUGAGGAUUGAUGUUGAUAAUCCUCAGGGGACGGAGAUUACUCUUGACGACGACGGCAUGAAAUUCUCUGCCUUCAAGAGCAACAAUGGUGAUACAGUCAACUACGAUUUCUCAAUUCAAUUCUAUGGCUCUACGAACAGGGAGGAGAAUAUGUAUGAAUUGAUAAACCACCAAAUGCAAUUCAUUCUGAGGAAAGAAAUCGACGACAGCUGGCCACGUUUAACAGUGAAGGAAGACCCUGAAUACAUAAUCUUGGACCCAGUAAAAUUUCAAAGCAAGAACAUAACAGGGAAAUCCAAAGGAGGGAGCAGGAAGGACACCUCGAAGAGUUUCAACGAGGGCUUCACAUCUGCGAGAGAGAAAAUUCACAGGGAAGUGCUUGAGAAGAGAGACGUUCACGAGGAUUACCCUCACAUGUAUGAUAAACUCCAUAAAGAAGAAUUGGGAUACAGGAAAGAAGAUCUCAAGAAGGUUUACCUCGUCAUGUACAAUUUAUGCCAAUUUGUUGGGUUCAUGUAUGUUCUCACAGUCAUGGCAAUACGUUAUUCACGAGAAGGUCCAGAUUCCAUGCCAGAGACCUACAGCAGUGUCGGUAGUGUUAUGAGAUUCCUCCAGCUCUUGCAAUUCCUCGAAGUGAUGCAUCCCAUGUUCGGAUACACAAAGGGCAAUCCUCUGCUGGCAUUCGUACAAGUUGGAGGUCGUGCCUUCGUCCUCUUCCUGAUGAUCGAGGCUGAGCCACGCAUGCAGACAAAACCAGUCGUCUUCUAUCUGUUCUUCGUGUGGAGCUUGAUCGAAGUGUUUCGAUAUCCUUACUACAUUACACAAGUUUUGGAUGUGGAAAUUGGAUUGCUGACCUGGUUCAGGUACACCAUUUGGAUACCUCUGUAUCCCCUCGGAUUCAUGUGCGAGGGAAUCAUCAUCCUGAGGAACAUUCCCUACUUUGAGGAGACUGAGAAAUUCACGAUUUCAUUACCGAAUGAAUGGAACUUCGCUUUUCACUUUCCAACAUUGCUGAGGGUUUAUUUGUUACUGCUCUGUGGUCCCGCUAUUUAUACAUUGAUGUCUCACAUGCAUCAGACGAGGAUCAAGAAACUUGGUGGAGCUAAAGGCCGUAAAUUGUUGAAUGAAAAAUGCGAUUAGAAUUGCCAUACUGAAUUUUUUAAUUUUAUAAUUUUGUUUUAACAUCAGAACUUGAUUCGUCAUUUCCAAAUUUUGAAUGCUGAGAGUAAAAUAAACAGGUUGAGGGUCACAAAUCGAAUCUCCUAAAGCAUCAAACAACAGGAAAAUAUUCUACUUCGUAAUGGCACAAUCAAUCUGAUGUAUUAUUUAUUUACGAUUCUCAUUGUAAUUUUUCUUCAGUGAAUGAUUAAACUUUCAAAAAUGUGAUUUUGAGUGUAAAGAAACGUUGAGGCUUUAUUCAUUAUUUCUUCGUGGUCCUGAUAUUAAUAUAUGAUGGAGGUAAAGGUGAAUUGUUGAAUGAAAAAUGCGAUUAGACGAAUUAAAUUUUUGCAUUUUAUAAUUUCGUUUCACAAUCCGAGAACUUAAUUUGUCAUUUUCAAAUUUUGUAUACUGAAAGUAAAAUUGACAUGUUGAGGGUCACAAAUCGAAUUUCCUAAAUCAUCAAACAAUAGGAAAAUAUUCUACUUCGUAAUGGCACAAUCAAUCUGAUGUAUUAUUUAUUUACGAUUCUCAUUGUAAUUUUUCUUCAGUGAAUGAUUAAACUUUCAAAAAUGUGAUUUUGAGUGUAAAGAAACGUUGAGGCUUUAUUCAUUAAUUCUUCGUGGUCCUGAUAUUAAUAUAUGAUGGAGCUAAAGGUGAAUUGUUGAAUGAAAAAUGCGAUUAGACGAAUUGAAUUUUUGAAUUUUAUAAUUUCGUUUCACAAUCCGAGAACUUAAUUUGUCAUUUUCAAAUUUUGUAUACUGAAAGUAAAAUAGACAGGUUGAGGGUCACAAAUCGAAUCUCCUAAAGCAUCAAACAACAGGAAAAUAUUCUACUUCGUAAUGGCACAAUCAAUCUGAUGUAUUAUUUAUUUACGAUUCUCAUUGUAAUUUUUCUUCAGUGAAUGAUUAAACUUUCAAAAAUGUGA